CUGUAAUUUCAUAAAAAAAUACUAAAUUGUGUAAAUAUAUAUUUUUGGCUGAAAAUUGCACUAAUUUAAAAUAAUAAAUUUAAUAAACAAUAUAGAGGAAGUGUGUAAAUGUGUUGUAAAUAAAUAUUAGUAGAAAAAAAGGAAAAAAAUGCGAUUGGGUGCCGUUUUAUAUGUGUACAAAGGGGAAUGGGGUCUUCCCUCCAUAGAUUUUGAGUGUUUGCGCGUACUGUGCUUAGUGAAAUUUACACGCUGUCCCGUGACAAUAGAAACAAAUUCCAAUCCCCUGCGUUCCGGUGCCGGUAAAUUACCCUAUCUACAAAUUGGCAAUGAAAAAUUUGUGGGCUAUAGACAGAUAAAAAAAUUAUUAGACAAAGAAGGUUAUCCCAUAGAUGCCAAAUUGAAGCAGAAGGAAAAACAUUUAUCGGAAUCAUUUUCCAAUUGGGUGUUUUCGCAACUGCAUGCUUAUUAUCAUUAUUUUGUGUUUGGCGAACCCAAUAAUUUCGAAAUAACUAGAUCGUUUUACGCCAAAAGAACACCGUUUCCAUUUAACUUUUAUUAUCCGUCCUCGUAUCAAAAGGAGGCCUAUGAUAUUGUUUAUACUAUGGGUGGUUUCGAUAUAGAUGAUAAGCUGGAAUUACAUGAAGGAGACUAUCUAACAAAUAAUGCCAAAAAGUGUAUUAAUGUUUUAUCAAAACGUUUGGGACGUAAUGUUUGGUUUUUCGGCGAUCAAUUUAGUGAAUUCGAUGCUAUUGUAUUUUCCUACUUGUCCAUUCUAUCAAAAAUAACACUACCUAAUAAUCCCAUACAGAAUCACAUUAAAGGUUGUCAAAAUUUAGUAAAUUUCAUAAAUCGGAUAUCAAGGGAUGUGUUUAAAAAGGAAUCCUUUAAUUCCAUAAAUACUAGUAAAGAUGAUGCAUCCCCCAAUAAUCCUAUGUUAACCGCAACAGAACGUAAGUUCCUAGAAUCGGAAAAGAAAACAAAAAUACUAGCUGGUAUAGCAGCGGUAGUAGCCAUGUCAUCAUUUGCCGCCAUGAAAAUUUUCUUUAAAAAGAAGUUCUCCAAUACUCAGGAAUACUACGAUGGUUUAAAUUAUGACGAUGAUGAUGAGUUUGAAGAAGACGAUAUGGAUUGAGGAUGUUAAUU